AGUGUUAGCACCUGAGUUCCCUAAACUCGGAGGCGGAGAAGGCGAGGAAGAGGAGGCACUCCCUGAGCCUGCGUGGCGUGGGCACCCCGUCCUGGCGCCGCAGCCCCCGAUGCGCCUCGGCAUGAGCACGUGCGGCAGGAAGGCUCUCACCCUGCUCAGCAGCGUCUUCGCCGUCUGCAGCCUGGGUCUCCUGGGCAUCUCCGUCAGCACCGACUACUGGCUCUACCUGGAGGAAGGCAUCGUCCAGCCCCAAAACCAGACGACGGAGAUCAAGAUGUCGCUGCACUCGGGGCUCUGGAGGGUCUGCUUUUUGGCAGGUGAAGAGCGUGGCCGGUGCUUCACUAUAGAAUACGUCAUGCCCAUGAACGUCCAGCUGACGUCUGAAUCGACAAUCAACGUCCUGAAGAUGAUUCGUUCUGCUACCCCUUUCCCUUUGGUCAGCCUCUUUUUCAUGUUCAUUGGUUUUAUACUGAGCAACAUCGGCCACAUUCGGCCUCACAGGACCAUCCUCGCCUUCGUGUCUGGAAUAUUCUUCAUCCUGUCUGGUCUGUCGCUGGUGGUGGGACUGGUUCUGUACAUCUCCAGCAUUAAUGACGAGAUGCUCAACAGGACCAAGGACUCUGAAACUUUCUUCAAUUACAAAUAUGGAUGGUCAUUUGCAUUCUCUGCUAUCUCGUUCCUUCUCACAGAGAGUGCUGGCGUGAUGUCUGUCUACUUGUUCAUGAAAAGAUACACCGCUGAGGACAUAUACCGCCCUCACCCCAGCUUCUACCGUCCCCGCCUGAGCAACUGCUCCGAUUACUCCGGGCAGUUCUUGCACCCAGAUGCGUGGGUACGUGGACGCAGCCCUUCAGAUAUCUCCAGCGAGGCGUCCCUGCAGAUGAACAGUAACUACCCAGCGCUGCUCAAGUGCCCCGACUAUGACCAGAUGUCCUCCUCCCCGUGCUGAGUGCCACGCACCUCUGCACCUCCUUGCAACGAAGAGGGCACAGUUGCGGUGUCCUGACUCUGUCUGUCAUUUUGUAGGCCACUCUUUCAGGGCAAUUCUCUUAUUUAUAGGAUCAUAAAUAGAACAGUAGAGAUUGGUUAUAUAACCAAUAAUAUAACUAAGACAAUUGGGAUAUUUUCCUUUCUUUUUAUUUCUUGGUUUUUUGAUUCUUCCCUGUAAAGCUAAAAUCUCUCUGAAGCCCUGUUCUUUCAGCUCUUCCACACACACGGUGUGCCAUUGAGCAAGUGGUAGUUCUGCGUGUGGAAUAAAUCCCAGGCUGGGCUUGAUAGUAGAGAAAAGAAAAUCAAGUAGAACUAAGAACAAAAAGAAAGUGUGUUUUAUCGUUGAGGUAGGCUGCAAAAGUUUUUGCAUUUGACUGUAUCAUUUAAUUGUAGAUUUACUGCUCUAAAGGCCAGUCAGACUAAAGGAUUUGUGUGAAUUUCUGAGUAACAGUCACCAUUAGAAAAAUAAAAAUUGUGACUUGAUUUGAUAUUUACUGAUUAAUAUCUCUUGCUGGGUAUCACUUUUAAGCAGGCAGCAACGGGAACUAGCUCAAGCAUCCCUCAGAAGGCCAAGAGAGAGUUAGCUCGUUGUUUCUCUAGGGCCGUUUGCACACUGUUUCUUAAACAUCCUGAGUUAGACCUCCAUGCACCACAACCCACGGGUACCUUUACUGUUCGGAGUGGUUCAAACACCCAGAUUUAAUCCCUAGUCCAAUAGUCUGGAAGUCUGAAGAGCAACUGGGAGAAUUUCAGUGCAGCUGAAAACUACCUAAAACCACCCCAUAGAAAAUACUAGGCACAGGAUUUAGGUGACAUUGCAGCUGCCUGAGUAUGGCCUGGACAGAAGUGCAAAUUAUUUAAAGGCAAGUUCUCAAGCUGGUUUAAAGUCGCAUAGCUGAAAUUAAUGAAGCUAGUCCACUGUAGCAAAAUAAUUGGCUCAUGUUUUAUUUUUGCAGAACAUGGUAUUUUAGCUACAUCUCAUAUUACUUUCUUCUGAGUUACUUUUUUUUUUCAGUUUUUAAUUUUAAAAAUUUUAUGUGAUGCUCUUUGGUCUUAGAAGACCAAAAGCUGCCAGGGUGUGAAUGUCAAUCUAAUUGUAAAUGAAGAUUGGGGAACAAAAAGGUAAUGCUCCUUCAUGCACUCCUGUGGAAAGUACGAGCUUGUCACCGUGCAGAAGAAAGCUUUGUCAAGCCUUUUAUUUCUGUUCCUGUUAUUUUAAACCUUUCUGAAAUUUUCAUUUGUGCGAAACAAAACCCUCUAGGAUUCUUGGUACAUUUGAGCUUGUUUCAUCUUAUUGUAAUUAAAUAGAAUAUAUGCACUUUUGACCUCAUUUGUAACAUAAUAUGUAAUGAAUGUUGUAUUGCUUUAUUAUUAUUAUUAUUAUUUAUUAAGAUGCCAAACGAAGGUCCAAGUCGUGGAGCAGCACCCGCUAUUUGUGUUGACUCUGACACCACAGGGUUCUGUGGGACGUCACUAUAUGUGUAUAUACCAGACGACUCCCGAACAAGAUUAUUUCUUGUCCAGUUCCUUCAAAUAAGGAAAGCAAUGUAUAUUUGGUGUCAUUUACUCCUAAUUUGCUAAGUUUUAAAACUAGGGCAUCUUUUUUGUAAGUACAGUUGUAUUUACCCUUAAUUUUUGUAUUUCCCUCAAGCAUCUGUUUCUCAUUCUAAAAGGCAAUUUGUACGUUUCAUGUAACAGGUCAGCUUCUAGGAAUGUUCAAGCAUUAAAGAAAAAACAGCC